UACAUGAGAUAUUAAAAAAUAUUCUAAACAUAAAUAAAAUUUCAAAUCGUAGAAAUAAUUAAUAAUCGACGAUGUAUUUCCCAAGCAGGAUCAAACACUAACGAUGAUGGUUCUGAUGAUCAUAAAAGCAAACAAUGUUUCGGAUUAGCUCUCCCUACUACCGAGUGGGGGGAUAGAUAAAUACAGUGAUCGCGAUAGCUCCGAAAGCACACAUCAUCGCAUCGCGCGACCAGAGGCCUUUACGCUCGCAAAGAUUCGCGCGUGCCGAAGCUCCAAACAUCGCCGACCAGUAGCUGUUGCACCGAAAUCGUUGGCCCUCAGUUCACCGGUAAUGGUUGACCGUUGUAGAGCUCACUCACGUUUGCUGCACGAUCAACCUGCCUGGCAAGGAUAGUGACUGACGGCGUGGUGUAGCGUUGUGGGAUAUCGUAGAGAAACGCUUAACGCUUCUUUUCAAUAAAAUAAAUUCCCCCCGCUAUUCCUCAACGGCGUUGGACAACAGUACAAAAGUGAUCUGACCACUUUUUUUGCCGUGUGUAUCGUCCGUGCAUAGCUGGUUCCAUUAAGUCGCCGAACAACGAGCACGAUCGCGUAACGUAGCGUGCCGGUUUGGUGGUAAAUUUUGGCAAACACCGUGAAGGUUAGGGACGUCGCACCAGAGACAAGCUAUUGUUAAGCACCUCGGGUCGGUUAGCCAGUGUUGGGUUUGGUGAUGAACGAUUGAAAUUUUUGGAGAAGCUUAUGUGUGCUGAGCUGAGGGGUGCUUUGCAUACGGUGAUCAGUGAUCAGUGAUAUCAACGGUUGAAUCUCAAGAAGUGUGUGGACCAUAGUGUGGAUAUUAAUAUGGCGGACGAAAAAACUACUCCUAUUGCAGCUCUUAAACAGACGCUCCUCUCGUUAUCGGUGUCACUAUCCUACUACUGUAUAGGACUUGUGCGAGGUUAUUCGGCGCCAGCCGUUCCAUCCAUGCAUGCAACGGCUCCAAAUCUAUUGCCGAGCAAGAAUAUAGCAUCCUGGGUUAGUUCCAUACCACCAUUUGGAGCUUUUUUCGGCAGUUUGGUGGCUUUCCCGCUGAUGCAUCGGAUAGGGCGCAAAUAUACGGUACUGAUAGCUUCCCCGCUAUGGGUCGCUUCAUGGAUACUGAUAGCUACGGCCGAUGACUGGCGGGUACUGUUCGUAGCACGCAUGCUGUCGGGAUUCGGCGCUGGACUGUCACUGCCCGCUGCCCAGGUGUACGUUAGCGAGUGCAGCGAUCCCAAGAUUCGGGGAGUGAUCGGUUCCCUACCUGCGUUAGCGAUGUCGUUUGGAAUUCUGGUGAUGUACAUCAUGGGGAAGUUCUUCCACUGGCGGCUGCUGGCUUGGAUAUGCUGUGGAAUGGCGUGCUGUCUGUUUCUAGCCGUAGCUUGCUUCCCGCAAAGCCCAGUGUGGCUGAAGACAAGGAAACAGUACGAGAAAGCGCACUAUUCUGCCAAGUGGCUACAUCUGCAGGGCUUCUCGAUUGAUCCGAAAGCAAGUGCUGCAACAGUGGCGCAGAAGGAAAAGCAACUAUCCUCUGCCACGCCAAAACCAUUCUCAAAGGAAGCACUUCUUCGGAGGGAAAUUCUUAUCCCUCUCGGUAUUGGGCUAGUGCUGCUAUCGAUACAACAACUUAGUGGGAUCGAUGCAGUGGUGUUCUUUACGGUGGAGAUCUUCCACGCGGCCGGUUCAUCGAUGGACGGUCAUCUGGCGACGAUCAUCGUUGGUACGGUACAGGUGCUAAGCAACGGGGCCGCUCUGUUUGUAGUGGAUCGUGCCGGCCGUAAGCCAUUGCUCAUCAUGUCCGGACUGAUCAUGUGUAUUGCGAUGGCAUCGAUGGGUGCCGCCUUCCAUCUCAACUCGAUCGGUAACACGUGCUUCGGGUAUCUGCCUGUCAUCAGUCUGAUCGUGUUCAUGAUCGGCUUCUCGAUCGGAUUCGGUAGCAUACCGUUUCUGCUGAUGGGUGAACUUUUCCCAACGGCACAGCGAAGUUUACUCAGCUCUCUAGCAGGAUCUUUCAACCUGGCAAUGAUGUUUACCGUCAUCAAAACGUACCAUCCGUUGGAAGAUCUAAUCACCACAUCUGGAACGUUCCUCAUGUACAGUGUGCUCUGUGCACUUGGUGUAGUAUUUGUCAUUACAUGUGUACCAGAGACAAAGGGCCGUGAGCUGGAAAGCAUUCAGAAGCUGUUCGAACGCAAACCACAGCCUUACCAUCAGCAGGAGCUGGGAAGCGACAAAACGAGCCAUGACAAUCCAGUCUUCAGUGCUACCGACGAAAUAGUACAACACCAUCACUCAAAGUCGAUCGAUACGAAAUUAUAAGCAUAAUGUAAAUAUUUCUUUCUGUUAGCCUUUAGUGCCAAAUAAACUGCGCGUGUUAUUAAAUUAA